GGUUGACUGCAGCUGACUGUGAACAGCGAAAGAGAUGGCUCAGUGAUUUUAGGAUGACCUCCAGGGAGUCUGCAGCUUAUGAGGCUGCCCUGGUUGCACUAUUUGUGGGUAAAGAAAGCUGCAACGUCACAUUUGUCCUGGACACCUCAGAGAGCAUGAAACCUAUCCUGGGGUCAGUGAAACGUCUGCUUAUUCAAACCCUGCUGGCUAAAGCGUCCCUCAGGAAUUCUCUCUUCAACAUCAUGACCUUCUCACAUAAGGUAAACUGCUGGUCCCAGCACAUGCUUCGCUGUGCUCCUGACACAGUGUACACAGCUCUGUCUUGGAUCCAUUCCAUUUGUUGCAGCCCAGGUAGGAAUCUUCUUGAUGCCCUGACUCUGUCCCUCACUGACCCGCUGUGUCACUGCGUCCAACUGAUCAUCACAGCCCUGCCUGAUCAGCCGGAGUCUGUGCUGAGAGCUUUGCCUGCCCUGUCAGCGGGGAGGCCUGUCAACAUUUUCUUUUUGGAAGAUACACUUAGUGAGCUGGAUAUCAACACCCGCCGUUAUCUGCAAUGCCUCACACAGGCCACACAGGGGAGCUGUUAUUUGAUUGUAGCAGAUCCCAAUAAAAAACUGGGAAAGCUGAUUCCUCUGCAUGUGGCUGAGAUCCAACCAUCAAUCAUCUCUUCAGUCAAAUGUUUCUGUCCAUCCUCUUCAAUCAGGAUUCCACAGCAGCCCAGCUCAUCUACUCCACUGUCAAGGUGCAGUCUGGAAAACCCUGUUCCACCUCUAAACCCCCACAUGCUCCCUGGACUGUCUCUGGGCAGUUUGGAAUUUUCCUCCGGAUCCCGUGUGUUGGCGAGGAGGGAGGUGGACGGCUUCUACUACUUGGGCACUGUUAUACAGCCGGUUCAGGGAGGUUCAGGAGUUUGGUUGGUUGAGUUUGACCAUCCAGGUCUGGGAGUUGCCUUCUCCCACAGGCAGGUGGUUUGUUCUCUGGACAUGGUGAACCAUAACAUCAGGCACCAGACUUAUUCUCUGCUGCCUGGGGAUGCUGUGCUGUCGCCGUGGGAACCGAAUCUGAGGAGAUAUGGACCAGGGAGAGUGAUGUCCACCACAGAGCACAGAGUGGGUUUUUCAGGUAUAAAGAGUCUGCAAGUGCUGAUGUGGAACGGCUACACAUCUCUGGUUCCUGACCACUUGGUUUUACCCAUUUCAUCGUUUCAUUACGACAGAAUAGUCAGACAGCUUCAGAUUUGUACAUCAGUGUCACAUCAGAAUCAGUAUUGUAGUUGGCUUGGUGCUCGAAGCUCCCAGGCUUUUGCACUCUGUGAUGACUGUUCGGCAGCUGCACCUUGCUGCUUUCCAUCCACAAACCCCUGGAACUGCACAGUUAAAGCCAGUUGUAGGUCCAACCUUGGAGAAACGAUUGGUUCUGGAAGAACAGAGGUGGACAAGCAGGGUGACUCCAAAGACACACCUGUAGUGUCAAACAACUCCGAUGAUGCGUCAUCAUCUUCUUCAUCUCUUAUUGAGGACAAGAUUAGAUCAAUAUUUCCUUCUUCUGUGAAACUGAGUAGUAAACAACUACAGCGCCCUCCCUGGAGAUACUGGAAGAGAACAGGACCUGAGCCUCAGCACAGACAGCCAGGUAGUGCAGUACCUCGGAGAACACCCUCACCUUCUACGUUAAACUUCCCAGUCCCACAGCUAAGCAACUCACUGUUUCAGCCAUUAGCAGGCGCUAAAGAAAAGAGAACAUUCCACCUCAAACCUCAACCACCUCUUCGACUGCGGAGUUUCUCUGCCAACAAUGCAACAACUGUUUACUCAUAACAAGUCAGCUGAAAGCUGUCUUUGGAAAUCU